AUGCUUCUACCAUCCAUUCAGCCUGUUUCCCUUCUCUUCAUCUUCUCUAUUUAUGACUUAGCGCCGUGUACGGCGACAAGACCAGUGCCGAAGUUUCCAUUUAGGGAACUAACUGUUUCUACUGUCAAUAACUACUAUAGAUUCCUCAGUUCCAAGAGAGGCAGCCGUGUCAAUGGUAUAUCAGAGAUAAAGAAAUACUUCCAUUACUCUGGUUACUUAACGUCAUCUGAUUACAAUACAUCUGGAGAUAUCUUCGACGCUAAGUUAGAAUCUGCUAUCAAGCAUUAUCGGUCAAGGCUUGACCUUCAAGUUACCGGAAAAGUCGAUCCCGAUACGGUAUCUCAAAUUUUAGCCUCUAGAUGUGGCGUUCCAGACGGAGAAUCAUCUCCUACAUUGCAUGAAAGGAAGAACUACGUGCAUUUUCCCGGGAAACCUCGAUGGGCACGUCGAAUUCCGAUGACACUAACGUAUGGAUUUUCGCCCGAUAAUUCGAUCCAUCACUUGAGUCUGUCUGAUAUAAGGAAAACUUUUAAACGAGCUUUCUCGAGAUGGGCAUCGGUCAUUCCGGUCAGUUCCAUGGAAACGGAUGAUUAUGGCUUCGCCGAUAUCAAGAUAGGGUUCUACAGCGACGAUCAUGGAGAUGGGGAGCCGUUUGAUGGGGUGUUAGCUAGGGAUCCUCCCCCACUCGUUUUCUCCGGAGAGCGGGAAGUUUCAUCACGAUGCGGCGGAGACGUGGGAUGUUGAUUUCGGAGUGGAGAAAUCGAAAGUAGCCGUUGAUUUAGCGUCGGUGUCGGUU